GUUUUCUUCUUCUGCUCUUUUGAUAGCAGACGGUAUAUAAAAUAAUAUAAGAACCCCACCCUACAAACCCCACCCAGAUCAACUUCCAUUUUUCCAUUUUUAUUGAAAUGUGGAAAAGGAGAAACAAAAUCAUAUACAUUUUUAUCAGUCUUUUUAUCCCCAUGUGCAGAAACUGCUGAUUAGUAUACAGUUUUAGUACUCGAAUCCGAGGAUAAAUAUCAUGUCAAAAGCCUGUUUAUAGGCAUAGAAAUAGAAAAAAAUUCCCUCUUUUUUUUGACAGUUCUCUUGAAUUGUCCUGUUUUUUCCCUGGGUUGGGAAAAAGAUUGAACCUUGACACCUUUUAUCAUUUUUGGGGCCCGGAUCAGAUUAUCGUUGUAGCUGGAAAUAUCUGUACCGAUUUGGGUUUUGUGUACUUUCCAGUUCUAUCACUAUCAAGAACUGAUUUUUCUUUCUCAAUGGGGAUCGAGCAGAACAGGGGUUGUGGGAAAAAUAAGAUUAGUAACGAAUCAAGGAAAAACAAGCGGCGACAAAGGAAUUCUUCUCAGGUUCAGCGGCUGUACGAGGUUUGCAAGGAAGUUUUUGUUGAUUGUGGGCCUGGAAUCGUCCCGGCACCUGAAAAAGUGGAAAAACUUGCAGCUGUUUUGGAUGGGAUGACCCAAGUUGAUGUGGGCCUACGGCCCGAUAUGCCGUUUUUCAGCAGCAAACGUGGCCGGAUCAUAACAUACUUGCAACUCCAUGAAUGUGACCAAUUCUCAAUUGGAAUCUUUUGUUUGCCCCCAACAAGUGUAAUCCCACUUCACAAUCAUCCAGGGAUGACCGUUUUCAGCAAGCUACUAUUUGGGACCAUGCACAUUAAGUCUUGUGACUGGUCGAGUGAAGUUGAUAGAAAACCGAACAUCACAACAACAACGAACGUCUGUACGGAUGAACUACGGUUGGCGAAGAUUAAGGUCAACUCGGAGUUCACGGCCCCUUGCAAGACUUCAAUCUUAUACCCAACAGAAGGUGGAAACAUGCAUCGAUUUACUGCCAAGUCAGCAUGUGCUGUGCUUGAUGUGCUCGGCCCUCCAUAUUGCGAUCCUGAUGGCCGCCAUUGUCAUGUACCUGUCUAUGAACUUUUUAAGCUUAUCCACGAGUUCACGGCCCACCCGUUGUGCUUUCAAUCUGUGAACUAUAGUCGCCAUAGCAUCCACAGGUUGACCAUUUAA